AUGUCCAACCAUCCAGUUGAUCCGGUGGACGGGAACAAGGACCUGAAGCUGCAGAUUCAGCUCUUUGACAUUCUCUCCGAUCAGUCUGACAUUGACCAUCCGCUCUGUGAGGAGUGCGCCGACUUUGUCAUCAAGCAGAUGGACCACCACCUGAAGAUUCUUGAGGACGAGUGCGCCGACUACAACGAGUACCUCAAGCAGAUCGACACUACCAAACAGGAGACCACUGCUCAGGCCACUGACGAGGAGGAGAUUGAGGAGCUUCGCACGCAGCUAAAGUCUAUGCAGCUGACACAGGCGUCGAUGAUUGCCGAGCUGAAGGAGCUGAACAAGGAGCAGAAGCGCGUCGAGGACGACGUGGAGAAGAACCUGAACGAGCUGAAGCGCCUCAAGACGGACGAGGACCGGUACUGGCACGAGUACAACAACGUCAAGUACAACUUCUUCCAGUGCGAGGAGGAGCAGAGUACGCUGGAGAAUAAGCUGCGCUACGCAAAGACCUUCUACGGGAAGCUGAAGAGCACCUGCGUCUUCAACGCCACCUUCCACAUCUGGCACAGCGGCGACUUUGCCACCAUCAACGGCUUCCGCAUGGGCCGCCUGGAGAGCAUGCAGGUCGACUGGAAUGAGAUCAACGCCGGCUGGGGCCAGUGCGCCCUGCUCCUUAGCUCACUGGCCAACAAGAUCGGCCUCACCUUUAAGCGCUUCAAGAUCGUCCCCUACGGCAACUACUCCUUCAUCGAGUCGCUGGAGGCGGACAAGUCGAAGCAGCUGCCGCUGUACACCUCCGGUGGGUUAAAGUACUACUUCAACCAGAAGUACGACCAGGCGAUGGUCGCCUUCCUCGACUGUUUGAAGCAGUUCAACGACGAGUGCCACCGCCAGGAUGAGGGCUUCAAGCUUCCCUACGAGAUGGACUUGAAGGGAAACAUCUCUGACUUGCAGCACAACAUCAAGCUGUCUAUCAAAAUUAGCAUCAACACUGAAGACAAGUGGACGAAGGCGCUGAAGUUGAUGCUGACUAACCUAAAGUGGGGACUCGCAUUCGUGUCCAAUAAGCACCACGUUUAA